CUGAUCCACAAGGAGACACAUGUGUGGAUAAUGAUUUGGUAGAAAAUAAUAUUUAAAUACUAGGAGACGAGCACGUGCGCUACUGACGGUUCGUAAUGCGGACUACGUGACGUGGCGGAGCGACAUCGACGGCGCUGUUCGCGUUUUCCUUUUUGAGAAAGUGCUCAUAGUUUUGGAAAUAGAGGAGGAGGGAGAAGUAGCUGAGCCGGGGUAGAAGGGUUUCGGGGUCAGCAUCACUUUCGAAAGUUUGUGUCGGUUAUUUCCUGGAGUCUUCGGAUUAUCAACUGGCCUGGUUUGUUUACAUUCCGUGGCCCAGCAGGCGUCUAUGCGUUUGAAUAGUCAUUCACGACACCACGCGCUCCAGCUCUUCGGGCUGGUGUUUUGAGACUCGGCGCAGUAAAUAGGAUGUUACCGAGCCAGGUUGGUUCUGGAAACGGGUCUGCCUCAAACAGGGGAACCACAGGACACUGUGUCGGGGUUGCCGGGGUCCGUCCCGUAUUGGUCAGAGCCGGGCAAGGCUUACCGGGAGUCGGCGACAUUGCUGCCGGGCGACAGGUCGACAGAGACGUUAUCGGGAUGCUUGGGGCUAACGGUCCGGGGGGUCCGAAAGGUGCGCGACCGGGCAACGGCACAGGGUUGAACCCCCUACAGAGCGCCGUGCAGGGGAACAUGGUGGUGGGCUUAAACGCGGGAGUCGUGUUGCCCCAAGGAGCCCGGUUCGACCCGGACAGAGAGGGCGCCCCGCUGUGCAGCGGCUCGGAGAACGACUCGGACUCCGCGGACGAUGACGACCCAGUGGGUUCACUCGGGGACAGCAGGAGAGGAGUGAAGCGGGAGAGAGGGGAGAUGGAGGCUGCAGUCACGGGCCAGGAGGUGGGAGUCACCCCUGGAGGUUACGGCAUGGUUCCCGGAGGAGUCGCGGGGGCAAAACCCGGGAAGAAGACACGUGGGCGCGUCAAGAUAAAGAUGGAAUUUAUUGACAACAAGUUGAGACGGUACACGACCUUUAGCAAGAGGAAGACGGGUAUUAUGAAAAAGGCCUAUGAACUCUCCACACUAACAGGAACCCAGGUCUUGUUGCUUGUGGCUAGUGAAACGGGCCACGUUUACACGUUUGCCACGCGCAAGCUGCAGCCAAUGAUCACCAGUGAGACCGGCAAAGCCCUAAUACAAACAUGCCUCAACUCUCCGGACUCGCCACCGCGAUCUGACCCCUCCACAGACCAGCGCAUGAGCGCCACAGGCUUCGAGGAGACGGACCUCACCUACCAGGUGUCGGAGUCGGAGAGCAUGGGCGACACAAAGGAUACACUGAAGCCGGCGUUAACGGUAGCCAGCCUACCAGGUACUACCAGCAGCGGCCAGGCCACUGUACCCACCACCUCCACCACCAUGCAGGUCACCAGUGGACCCUCGUUUACCAACUACCUGGCGCCCGUCUCGGCCAGCAGCAACGUCAGUGCCAACGGUACCGUCCUUAAGGCAGCCGGAGCUUCCGCAGGAGUCAUGCAGCUGCCCAGUGGCUUCACCUUCAUGCCCGCAGGCACUCCUCUCCCCCCUGGCACCCCCACCAUUCCUCUGAGCCAGCUGCAGCAGCACUCCCUGGCCCUCCAGGGGCAGCAUGGUCAGGCCCUGGCCACGGCCCAGCAGCCACAGCAGGGACAGCAGGCUGUCUUCCGCUUCCCUGCUGCUGUCUCCCUCACAGGAGCAGGUAUUCCCCAGCAGCUUCAGGCUAUCCAGGUCCACCACAACCCCCAGUCCAGCAACAGUGACAAUGGCCCCGACAUCUCCCACACCUCCACAAACUCCACCGCAACCAUCGUCACCUCGUCAGUCCCAACGUCUGUGGCAGGUCACAUGAUGUACCCCAGCCCCCACACUGUCAUGUACGCUUCUACGCCAGCGCUAACUGACGGGGGUCUGGCUGUGCUCAACGCCUUCUCCCAGGGGACCUCGGCCAUGCAGGUGUCCCACACACAGGCUCAAGACGGAGGUGGAGUCCCUCAGGUGUUCCUCGCCGCACCUCCAGGCACGGUACAGAUCCCUGUCUCCGCAGUGCAGCUACACCCAGUACGGCAAGAUCUGCAUUAUACAAAUGGUGAUUGGGCAGCAGUCGAGCGGCAGCAGCAGUAACCUGACGGAGCUGCAGGUGGUCAAUCUGGACGCAACACAGAACUCAAAGAGCGACUGACGGACGGCUGGAGCUGUUUAACGCGGCAGACCCAGGGACACACACACACACACACACACACACACAGACAUCUCUAUUUAUUGAUGCCUUCCUACAGAGUUUUAACAUCACACAUCUGAAUGUGACUUUUCAAAUAUAUACAAACCCACGUGCAAAGAAUCAAGGGCAUAUAUGUGGCUGACCCUUAUACAGUACUAUACAUUGUUUUGGUAUAUAAAUAUAUAUAUAUAUAUAUUCGCAGAUGCAUAGGAAAUGUGUCACUACACCCGUCAGAGCCUGUUUCUCUUUUUUUUUGUCUUUUUUUUUUUUUACUUUGUGUGUGUGCG